GGUCAGAGCGGGCAGGCGGGGGCGGGGCCUGUGGGGGAAUUCUGAAUGGCCUCCGCGCGGCACCGGCUGCUUGCGCGGAAUGAUGCGUUGGUUGGGCUAGGCGGGGGAUGGAGCGCGCGGGUUGGCGGCAGUAGCGAUGAGGCGGGCGCCUGGCUCGGGCCUCUGCAGGGCUGCCUUCCCCCCCGUCCUUUUCUUCCUCCUCGCCUCGUUGCCGGCGCUGCCCGCUUCAGAGCUGCGGCUCAGGCAGGCCUGUACUACCUGCCGCGGGAUAGCAGACCGCUUCGGACAGGGUCUAACGGAUACAGCCAAAAAGAACUUUGGAGGUGGAAAUACAGCUUGGGAAGAAAAAACACUAUCUAAAUAUGAGACCAGCGAAAUUCGACUUGUCGAGAUAAUAGAGAAAUUGUGUGACAGUACCAACUUUGAAUGCAACAACAUGAUCGAAGAGCAUGAAGAACACAUCGAAGCUUGGUGGUUCAAAUGGAGAAAGGAAAACACGGAUUUGUUUAAGUGGCUUUGUAUAGAGAAAAUUGAAGUUUGCUGCCCUGCUGGGACCUAUGGACCUGAUUGUCUGGCCUGCCUUGGUGGGUCAGAAAGGCCUUGCCAUGGAAAUGGCCAUUGUGAUGGAGAUGGCACUCGAGGUGGUGACGGGUCAUGCAGCUGUAACAAGGAAUACACAGGAGAAUUUUGUUUAGAAUGCUCCAGUGGCUACUACAACUCUCACAGAAACGACACACAUUCCAUUUGUACAGCUUGUCACGAUUCAUGUAAAACUUGCACAGGUGCAACAAAUACAGACUGUCAGGAUUGUAAAGAAGGCUGGACCAAAAAUGAAAACGCCUGUGUAGAUGUGGAUGAAUGUACUGUAGAAGACUCUCCUUGCGGUGCUGACCAAUACUGUUUAAACACAGACGGCUCCUUCUCCUGCAAAGUUUGUGAUACUAGCUGUUUGGAGUGCACGGGAGAAGGUCCUGGCAAAUGUAAAAGCUGCAUAGCUGGCUAUGAAAUGGAAGAUGGAAAAUGCACAGAUGUGAAUGAAUGUGCCCUUCCUGAAAAAGUGUGCGUGAGAGAAAAUGAAGACUGUGUCAAUUCUCCCGGUGGCUUCAAAUGUGUCUGCACAGGAGGCUUUGAAGACAAGGAUGGCGUCUGUGCUCCAAUUAUAAAAACAGGUGAGUGUGCAUCAGAAAACACAUCUUCACCUGCUACCCAUGAGGACUUAUGAUCUGCAUUCAAAGAUGAGAGACGCUGAUAUCCUGAUCCUUAAGUUAUUGGAAGGAACAACCCUUACGGUGUAUACAUGGUAUUAAUUAAGUGGUGGUUUCCAGUAUGAUUCCUUUUGGUAAUGGGUGGUAAAUUGCCCUUAGAACUGCAUUUCUUCAGUGAAUAGAAAUGGCUGGGGUUUUUUUAAUAUGGCCAUUAAAUUAUCUUAGAGGCAGUUGGAGGUAAAUAAACUGCAGCACAAUUGAAUAACUUGAACUCAGUCUGGAACUAAUAGCUCUUCUGUGGAAUGAUCUGGUUAAGGAAAUUGGCAAGUUGAGUCACUUUGUACAUAUGAACCUAUUUUACAGUUAGAACAUGCCCUUUCAAGACUGUUAAAUGGGAGGAUUUGUAUCUUGGAAGAUACUCCUUGUACAUGUAAACAUGUCUGAUUGGGCAUUCAAUAAAGAUUUUAUUUUAGCUGUUA